AAUGAGCGCAUCACGGAAGAAUACAAACACUCAGACGCCAUGUUGUGUUUCUCGGGGACUUGGGGAUGCUACUCGGAGCGAUAGUAGAGCGCUCAGAGUACGCUUGGCAGUUCCAAGGUAUAAGCAAGGGAGUUGAGUUGUUUGCGAUGAGCCGUCCAUCCUCCGCGGGAGGUGGAAGCGGAGGACUAGGGGCCGGAAAGGCGGGCGGAGGAAAGCACGGAGGAUCUGGGGCGGCCGCCGCAGCAGUUGCAGCUGCGGCGGGGGUGGGUUCCGUACCCGGGUCGGGGUCUGGUGCCCCGUGCUCCGUAGCAUCCUUAACCCCGGCGAACCUACCCGGACAGGCGUCGGAACUUACUGCGUUGUUCGAGUGCCCCGUAUGCUUCGACUACGUCUUGCCACCCAUUCUACAAUGUCAGGCCGGACAUCUAGUUUGCAACCAGUGUCGCCAAAAGCUCAGUUGCUGCCCGACGUGCCGAGGGCCUCUCACCCCGAGCAUCAGGAACCUGGCCAUGGAGAAAGUUGCCUCGAAUCUGCCAUUUCCUUGCAAGUACUCGUCGGCGGGCUGCGGGCUGUCCCUCCACCACAGUGAGAAGCCGGAGCACGAGGAGGUGUGCGAGUUCCGGCCCUACACCUGCCCGUGUCCGGGGGCCACCUGCAAGUGGCACGGCUCCCUGGAGGCCGUCAUGCCCCACCUGAUGCACACGCACAAGUCCAUCACCACCCUACAGGGCGAGGACAUCGUGUUCCUGGCCACGGAUAUCAACCUUCCGGGCGCCGUGGACUGGGUGAUGAUGCAGUCUUGCUUCAGCCACCACUUCAUGCUGGUGCUGGAGAAGCAGGAGAAGUACGAGGGCCACCAGCAGUUCUUCGCCGUGGUGCUGCUCAUCGGCACGCGCAAGCAGGCCGAGAACUUCGCCUACCGCCUGGAGCUCAACGGCAACCGGCGCCGGCUCACGUGGGAGGCCACGCCGCGCUCCAUCCACGACGGCGUGGCCGCCGCCAUCCUCAACAGCGACUGCCUGGUCUUUGACACGUCCAUCGCGCACCUCUUCGCCGACAACGGCAACCUGGGCAUCAACGUCACCAUCUCCAUGUGCUGACGGAAGCCCCCCCGGGGGGGGUACGGGGAGGGGGGGGAACGCUACGACGGAGACUGAGUUGACAGUCGUGUUCACAGGACGUCGGAACGCGCACCCCCAGGCUGCGGCCGUGAUCUGUCGAUAACGGGGAAUGUUUGAAUGAUUGAUUGCGACCUCCCCAGGUCUGAGCACUGGGGGCUUACUGGUCGUAUCCUGUGUACGUGUGCGCGUGUGUGUAUUAUGGUUGUGUGUGUGUGAGGGAGCUUUGUUUGCGUACUUCUGUUAGUUUUUGUGGAUUCGACUGCAUGGUGCAUGGCGAAGGUGUUUUCGUGAGACUAGCGCUCUUGCUCUGUAUGGACCACCGUUGGUUUACGAGGCAAUACCCAUUUUAUUAGCAGCGUUUUGAUUUGUCUCCGUCCACACCGACUGUCCUCUUGAAAGCCAGUUAAUCCCUGGUGUUUAAUCUGAGAUUAAAAACCGGGAAAAUGGAGGACAGCGCGCACAUUCCAGGGUUCCCUUCUGUGCUCUGCCAAGCAUCUGCCUUACUUUUAUACUGCGGACUCCUCUGGUCAUCUCCAACCUCUCUGGUAACCUCCAGAUCUCUGGUCACCUCACCUCCCACCCCUCUGGCCAGCUCCAACCCCAGUCAACUACACCCCUCUGGUCACCUCACCUCCACCCCCUCUGGCCACAUCCAGACAUUCUGGUCACCUCCACCCCCUCUAGUCACCUCCACCCCCUCUGGUCACCUCCACCCCCUCUGGUCACCUCCACCCCCUCUGGUCGACUC